UCCCCCUCAGCUGGAGCCCAUUUCUUGCUCUGAAGUCUCACAGUGGGGAAAGCAGGGAUGAAGCUACUCUUUGCAGCUACUUUUGCACUCUUUGUGCUGUCUGCCUUUGACCAGGCAGACUCCUCAGCCUAUGACAAAAUAGUUGCACAUAGUCGUAUUCGAGCAAAGAAAGAAGGACCAAAUGUGUGCGCUCAGCAAGUCAUGGGGACAAAGAAGAAAUACUUUAGCACUUGCCGUAAUUGGUACCAAGGGGCCAUCUGUGGAAAGAAAGCGACUGUGUUGUAUGAGUGUUGCCCAGGUUACAUGAAGCUGGACGGCUUGCGAGGCUGUCCUGCAGUUGCUCCCAUUGACAACGUUUAUGGCACCCUGGGCUUGGUCAAAGCAAAAACUACCCAGGAUUACUCUGCUCUAUCCAAGCUAAGGCAAGAGAUUGAAGGUGCCGGGUCGUACACCUUCUUCGCACCCAGUAAUGAUGCCUGGGAUCUUCUCGAUUCGGAAGUGAGGAAUGCUCUGGUGAGCAAUGUUAAUAUCGAGCUGUACAAUGCUCUGCAUUACCACAUGGUCAACAAACGUCUCCUCACCAAAGACCUCAAGAAUGGAAUGACCGCCACCUCCAUGUACAACGACUUGAACCUGCUCAUCAAUCAUUACUCCAAUGGGGUUGUCACUGUGAACUGUGCCAGGAUCAUUCACGGCAACCAGGUGGCCACCAACGGAGUGGUCCACGUCAUUGACCGCGUCAUCACGGCUGUUGGCAACACCAUUCAGGAUGUGAUUGAAGUGGACGAUGAACUAAGCACUCUGAGUACUGUGGCUACUGAGGCUGGUUUGAUUGAGAAGCUGGGUCAGCCGGGACACUUUACCCUGUUCGCCCCCACCAACGAUGCCUUUGAGAAGCUGGAUAGAGAGGUUUUGGACAGGCUUAUGAAAGACAAGGUUUCCCUCCAAGCUCUCCUCAACUACCAUCUGUUGAACUCUGUUCAGUGCUCUGAGGCCAUCAUGGCCGGCACGUCUCAUGAGACCCUGGAGGGCAGCAAUAUUGAGAUUGGCUGCGAUGGCGAUAGUCUCACAGUCAAUGGCAUAAAGAUGGUACUCAAGAAGGACAUUGUCACCACCAAUGGAGUCAUCCACCUCAUCGAUGAAGUCCUCAUGCCCAACUCUGCUAAACAGGUUACGGAGUUGAUUGGAGAAUCUCAGGGCACCUUCAGUGACAUGAUGACAGAGCUGGGCUUGUCUGCAGCCAUGAGACCCCAGGUUGAGUACACGCUCCUGGCUCCACUCAACGCAGCCUUCAACGAUGAGGUGAUGUCCAUGGACCAGAGCUUCCUGAAGAUCAUUCUGGAAAACCACAUCCUGAAGAACAAGAUUGUGCUAAGUCAGCUGUACAAUGGUCAGCGCCUGGAAACACUCGCAGGGAAACUUCUCAGAGUCUUCGUCUACCGCACAGCUGUCUGCAUUGAGAACGCCUGCUUGAUCCGUGGAAGCAAAGAGGGAAGUAACGGUGCCCUCCAUCUCAUGAAGACCCUGAUUACGGCACCAGAGUCCACCAUGUACGAAGUUCUGUUGAAAAACGGAAGAUUCAAAAUAUUUUUGUCCCUGAUGGAAUCAGCUGGUCUGACUGGUCUGCUCAGAAAGCAAGGAGAUUACACACUUUUUGCUCCAACAGAUGAGGCUUUUGCAGGGCUCAGUGAGAGAGACUUGUCUCUUUUGAAGAGUGACGUUAACGCCCUCAGAACCAUUCUGCUCUAUCACUUCAGUAACGGCGUCUUCAUCGGUGGAGGCUUGGAGACUGGAGUCACUAACCUCCUCAAAACUCUCCAGGGCAGCAAUUUGAAGGUGUUGUAUGUAAAUGAGAGCAUGCAGGUCAACACUGUGAAAGUUCCUGAAUCGGAUAUAAUGGCCACAAAUGGAGUUGUUCACUUCGUCAGGACUCUUCUGUACCCUGAGGAUAUACCUACUGGGAGCCAGGAACUCCUUUCACUCCUGAAAAGGAUCAUCCGAUACAUCCAAAUUAAGUUUGUUACUGGAUACAGAUAUCAGGAGAUCCCUCUGAUGUCGGGAGUCAUCCCGGGAGAGCGUGUUUUUGAGAGCUCCCCAACCAUUACGAAGGUUACCCGUGUGAUUGAGGGUCAACCUUCUAUCACAAAGGUCACCAGGGUAAUUGAAGGACAGCCUACCAUGACUAAGGUUACGAGAGUUAUCGAAGGGGAUCCAACAAUGACCAAAGUCACCAGAGUCAUUGAAGGGGAUCCAACUAUGACCAAAGUCACCAGAGUCAUUGAAGGUCCUGAAUAUUCAGUCACCAGCUCCUCCAAUAUGGAGCUUUAUGAUAUCGGCGAGGACCCUGGGAGCAUCACUAGAUACAUUCAAGAGGGAACAAGAGUGCCUGGAAGAAGACCUGCGAUACCCCGGAGGAGAACCCAGAUCUAGAUUGUGAGCACAAGUAGAAAACAAGACCUGAAGAGUAUACCAUAUACUUCCUUCAUUUACUUGCGCAGUGGUCCAGAACAUACCAGGUUGAAGUUGAGUUCAAGGCAAAAGAAAAACAAACUCAAUAUUGAUCAUUCCUGUUUGCUCCAGAGAUAAUGGAUGAUUUUUGUUCAAGUACAUUUGGUACAAAAUUCCCUGUAUGUAAAUAAGCUCUCUCUCUCUCUCUCUUUUGUUGUAAAGUAUGGUUUGAAAAACAAAAACAGAGUUUCAUCUUGGUCAUGAAUAAAUGGUCAUAUAUGUGACAUUACACAAGACAACAUCUGAUGCUUUCUAAUGAUCUUGUGUUACAUGAUUUGGAAACAUUUGUACAACCAUGCAUUACCAGUAUACAUUAGCCAUUCAAACUCAAAAAAUGGAAGCGUUCAUAUGAAAUACAUGGUAUAGGGUAGAGUUAAAAUGAACAAAUGCCUUAAACCAGUAGUAUGAAUUUAUUUUUCUGGGGUACGGUUUACCAUUGCACGGACUAUGAUUUUAUGGUGCUCAUGUUUAGAUGGUGUAAAAUCUAAAAUAAAAAUAGAAAAUAUGUUGCAUUGUUUUGUUACAAGUCUUUUUCAUGUUUCUUUUUAUGGUGGGAUAGAGGUUUAACUGUUUUUCCUUGAUGCUUUUGUUUGUGUAAAGUGUGUCCAUUUGUGUAAACUGUGCAUAAAUGUGCUGCACAAAAAAACUGAAUUUUCACUUUACCAGUUAAUUUGACAAACAGGUUUUGGCUCCUUUGCAUUUAUUUUUCAAUUUCCGUUAAUAAACUCAACUUUUAAACAUGGAA